AUGAAGAGAAAGAUAGAUUUGGUUGAAGAAGAACACGAGAGUGAAUAUGAAGAAAGCGAAAGUUCUGGUGAUGAAAGCAAGGAUGAAGAACCAAGAAUAAAAGAUGAUUUGAGGCAUCUUUCCCAAGCGGUUUCGGUAAAGCGUGAUUCUGAAUUGCUGCAUAGUACGGCCGCUUCCAAAGAUCUUUUAUUCUGGACUCCCCGCGGACAAAUACUUCGAAACAAACGUAUAAUUCCCGUCACAAACAUCGCCGAGCUACUUGAGUAUGUGUUACUACCUCAUAACGAUGACGUAACCAAACCUCGUGGGCUGAAUACUUUCCUAGAUGGACUUGCAGAGUUAGGAAUCGAUAAAGGUUUAAUCAAGAACAAAAGGUUGUUAAGUGAUUUAAUAGAAAAGGAAAAAGGCUACCAAAAUGUGAAAAAUACUUCCGAUAACGAGAGUAAUAAUGAGGAGAGUUCAUCGGAUAUUGAAAAUCAGGAAGAGGAGGAGGAAGUGGUUUCUGAGAAUGGCGUUGAAGCUGAAGGCAACCAAGACAGCGACAACGACACUGAAAACGACAGUCAGGAAACAGAAAGUAGUAGCCCUGAGACGUCCACAAUCUUUCACUCUAAAAGUCCAUGUGAACAUUGCGAAAACUCUAAUUUGUACUCGACAUUGAUCAUGAAAUGUCCUAAACGCUUUUGGCACGAUAACUACUCGAUUUGUCCUAUAUGCAAUCACCAGAUCCCCGAGGAGAGAAAUUACAUCAAAGAGGGCUUUCUUCGGUGUCACGAUUGUGGAGCAAUU